UUACUUUACCAGCUUUCAAUUCCAUCCUUCAUCAGUGGAUGGAUUUAUUAUAAUUUUUUUUUUCUUUAUCUUAUCGAAUAGUGUGAACCCCAUAUUACAUUUAGCAUACAUUUAGGUACACUAUGCACCUAGUGGCCACUGUAUUCAGUACACAAUCUCCAAUACAACUGCCAUGAAGUACUUUUGUGUUUCCCAUAAUGUUCAAGUGUUUGUGACACUGUUAUGUUAAUUAAAUAUGUUUUAGCAUUGAGGUAGUUAGUUGUAGUGUUGUACUGGUCUGCAUUAUAUUCAGAGGUGUUUCUAAUAUUAUGCUCACCUCAUGGUUGGGAUUAGGGGGGAUAAAGAAUUAGAGUCCAGUUUAAGACCACAUUAAUAAAUCAUUGAUACAUAACUUAUUUUAUUAUACAUAAUAAAUAUAUGGCCGAUGAUUAAAAAAAUGUAAAUACUGUAUUUUAAUUCAAACAUUUACCGCAAUGUCAUAAAAAACUGAACAUCGUAAAAGCAAAGCUGUUAUAUUGAGUUACAUUAGAUACACAAGCUCAGAACCGACCAAUAGAACGUCAUUGAUAGUCAACCAAUCAGGACACGGAUACAAUCACAUUCAGUCUCGUCCAAUGGCGUCGCGGCUUGUUACUGCUGCAGCGUUGCCAUUGACAACAAGUGCUGCGUUGAUCCGCUUCUGAAGUGUUUGAGAGAACUGAGCAUAACUACCGCUAGUAUCCGCGUUAAAAGAGGUUUAUAGUCGAUUUAACAAUAUUAUAUAUUUAUAGUUUUGCUGUUGCUACGUAGAUUUAGUUAAAGAUUAUAUAUUUUUUUGGCGUGCUAGUAAAUCCUGUUAGCCAAUUAGCUUGCUAGCUAACGUUAGCACGCCGAGCUAAUCUCCUCGCUUUAGAUAAUCUCCAGUCUCUCUGUUCACCGUUACUUUAAGUUGUGAAUGACAUUAGGUGGACUGUAACUGGUGAUCUCUGCGGUAGUAUGACUGGUAACCUGACGUUACUUUUUAAUGUUCUAAGAUAAAAACACCCAGUGGAGAAAGAAGAUGGAAAUCCACCUCAAUCGAGUUGAUUACAUCCAGGUCGGUGUGACAUCCCAGAAAACUAUGAGGCUGCUUCCAGCUUUGGGGAAAAAGGCAACUCAAAAGGUUGCUGUUGCUGAUCAUGAUGGUAUACUAACAUGUUUUGGGAUGAAGAAGGGAGAAGCAGUGCCCGUGUUUAAAACACUGCCAGGGCAGAAAAUAGCCAGACUGGACCUUGGAGGAGCUGCAGGAACUCCCCAGGAGAAGGUCUUUGUUUGUUCUGGUUCUCAUGUCCGAGGAUUCACCAAGAAAGGCAAACAGUUCCUCACCUUUGAAGCCAACCUCACUGAAAGCAUUAACGCCAUGCAUGUGUCCGGCGCUGACCUCUUUGUGUGCGCGAGUUACAUCUUCAAUCACUACUGUGACUGUAAGGACCAGCACUACUACCUCUCUGGAGACAAAAUCAAUGACAUCUCAUGUUUGUCUUCAGAAAACCUGUCUCGCCCCAUCCUGGCGUGCCAAGAUCGGGUUCUCAGAGUCUUGCAGGGAUCAGAGCUUGCCUAUGAUAUUGAAGUCCCUGGUCCUCCAUCUGUCUUGGAACUAUACAACAAAGAUGGAGGUGAGGAAGUCCUCUAUGGAACUACUGAUGGCAAAAUAGGAUUGGUGCAGAUCGGUGAGAGCGCAGCUGCGACCAAAUGGGAGAUCGACAACGACAAAAAGAAAGGAGGAAUUCUUUGCAUCGACACCUAUGACAUCACGGGAGACGGCGUGAAUGACAUCCUGGUGGGCAGGGACGAUGGAACGGUUGAGGUCUUUGGUUUCGACAGCUCCAGUGAGCCCACGUUACGCUUUGAGCAUGUGUUGUCAGAGAGUGUGACCUCCAUCCAGGGCGGCUGCGUGGGGAAGGAGUCUUAUGAUGAGGUCUUGACUGCCACUUACACAGGAUGGGUGACUGGUCUGACCACUGAGCCCCAGAAGGCUGAGGCCGGCCCCGGAGACGAGGUCAGAAUGAGCAAGGAGAUCCAGUCCAAAGUAGAAGCACUCAGGGCAGAGCUGGAGCAGCUGCAGGUUAAAGUCCUGCAGGGCCGAGAGCAGUACCAGCAGACCUCUCAGUCGAGCACAGCCGUCUCUGCUGUGCCCGUCUUCUGCAUCAAUGACAAGUUCACCCUCUGCCAAGACGAUGCCAGCUACAGCCUCACUCUUGAGGUGCAGACUGCCAUCGACAAUCUGCUGCUGCAGAGCGACGUCCCCAUAGACCUGCUGGAUGUGGAUAAGAACUCUGCUGUUGUCAGUUUCAGUGAAUGUGAUUCAGAGCAGCCUAAUGGGAACUUCCUCCUGGCCACGUACAGAUGUCAGGCAAACACUACCAGACUGGAGCUCAAGGUGAGGUCCAUCGAGGGACAGUACGGGACCCUCCAGGCUUACAUUACCCCCAGACUGCAACCCAAGACAUGCCAGGUCCGCCAGUACCAGAUCAAACCUCUGUCCCUCCACCAGCGGACACACAGCAUAGACCAGGAAAGGCCCAUGAACAGGCUCAGUCUGGUGGGACAGUUCAGCUUCGCUGAGAUCCACUCCUGGGUGGUCUUCUGUUUGCCAGAGGUGCCUGAGAAAACACCGGCAGGAGAGAGCAUCACUUUCUAUUUCCACAACACUUUUCUUGGGACACAGCUUGAAGCCACCUACUGCAAAGGUGAAGGUCACUUCAAGUCAGACAACAUCUCUACCAUCUCCAUCCUGAAUGAUGUUCUCUCUAAAGAAGCCACCAAGAGGAAAACCAAUCUGAACAUUUCAUACGACAUCAAUGAUGACUCUGUGAGCCACACUCUGAAGAUGAUACAUCCAAAGCUGCAGUACCAGCUGUUGUUGGCUAGAAAAGUUCAGCUUAUCGAUGCACUUAAAGAGCUUCAGGUUCAUGAGGGGAACGCUGACUUCCUCAUCGCAGAGUAUCGCAACAUCUUGGAUGAGUCCGCGAAUCUCCUCGAGGAGUACAAGAAGCAGCCAGCGCACCUUGAGAGGCUUUACGGAAUGAUCACAGACCUCUUCAUCGAUAAAUUCAAGUUUAAAGGACAGAACGUGAAAACCAAAGUGUCCUCGUUGCUGGAGAUACUCGACAAUUAUGACUUAAAUUCUCUGUUGGACUUUUUCAAUGAGGCAUGAUGUCAUGUGGAUCAGAGGGUAUUUAUUUACUUUGAGUGGCUUUAUUUGUGCUAUUUUUGUAUUGUAAAUACAAAAGUGUUGUUUUAUUGUAGUUAUUAGCAGUGUCGAUGUCAUGUUGUUGUCGUCAUUUAGAUGUUUUGUCCUAAAUAUGGUGUACAAUAUUUAAAUAUUUAUAAUAUAUUUUGAUAGCAUAUACAACCAAGGUUGGUAAUUAAUAAACCACUACAAGGUUUCCAGAUUACUGCAGGUUCCUCUCUUUAUUAGUGACCAAAUGUAAGCCAGAGAAUGUAUGUUUUUAUAUCAUAAUUAUCAUAGCACUGUGAGUUCCUCCUGUUGAAAUAAAAGAGGUUAUUUGUAACCUUUGUAAAAAUCAUUCGAGUAUCGUGAACAAACACAACUAAGAAUAUUAAAUUCCACAGGAAGGAAAAGCUCAUACGAUACCAUGAGCCAUAUGUGACAAAUUAUUUUUUCCACACCGCACACUUAGGUCUGCAAUCA